AAACAUUCUAUAAAUUCCCCCUCCAACCAUCAACCUUCUUCUUCACUCCCAUCAAAGCAAUUUGCAACUAUCUCUCUCCUUCACAUUCCAUUUUCUCACUCUCCAAAAAGCUCAGCACUUUCUCAAAGAGAAUGUUCAUGGGAAAGAUGGGUCUUUUGGGAAUUUUUCUGUUGGGUUUUGCUGCAAUGGUGUGCUCUGUUCAUGGCUAUGACGCUGGGUGGGUCAAUGCUCAUGCCACUUUCUAUGGUGGAAGUGAUGCCUCAGGAACAAUGGGUGGGGCUUGUGGGUACGGGAAUCUUUACAGUCAGGGUUACGGAACCAACACGGCGGCGUUAAGCACCGCUCUGUUCAACAACGGGCUUAGCUGCGGCGCGUGUUUCGAGAUCCGGUGCCAGAGCGACGGCGCGUGGUGUUUACCUGGUGCAAUCGUAGUGACAGCCACCAAUUUCUGUCCUCCGAACAACGCGUUGCCUAAUAACGCCGGUGGUUGGUGUAACCCUCCGCUUCACCAUUUUGAUCUCUCUCAGCCUAUUUUCCAACGCAUUGCUCAUUACAAAGCUGGUGUUGUCCCCGUCUCCUACAGAAGGGUUCCGUGUAAGAGAAGGGGAGGGAUAAGAUUCACAAUCAAUGGCCACUCUUACUUCAACCUUGUUUUGGUCACCAACGUCGGCGGCGCCGGAGAUGUUCACUCGGUGGCGGUUAAAGGUUCCAGAACAAGGUGGCAACAAAUGUCAAGGAACUGGGGACAAAACUGGCAAAGCAACAGCCUCUUAAACGGUCAAGCAUUGUCCUUUAAAGUUACUGCUAGUGAUGGUCGAAUCGUCGUCUCCAACAACAUUGCUCCGGCUAGCUGGUCGUUCGGACAGACCUUCACCGGUCGUCAAUUCCGUUGAACUUGUCUUAAUUCCCAUAUUAAAUUCGGUUUUAUAUAAUUUAGGUUUUUGUGUAGUGUUGAGGAACGAGGAGAGAGAGAGAGAGAGAGAGAGUGAGUGAGUGGAAGGGUUUUAGGCUUUUUAGGGUUUUAAUUGGAGAGCCUUAAAACUUCUUCUUUGACUCUGAGGGUAAAAUGGAGAAAAGGGCUUAUUUUAUAGGGGCUCUUUUAGUCAUUUUAAGGAUUAGGGUUUUAGUGAGAGCAGUAGAGUGAUGGUGGUGUGUGCAUCUUUUAGCAAAGGGACCUCUAUGUUUCACCAAUGGGUUCUUUUGUUUUUAUCACUUUUUAUUUGUGUUUUUAUUUUACCUUUUUUUAGCUUCUGUCUUUGGUUUAAGAAAACAGAAGUGGGGUAGUGGCAGAGGAGGAAUCUCACCACCCGCCAUGUGUUUUUUUCUAUUUGGGUCGUUAUGUUAUGAAAUUGUAAUGUAAGGGCUGAUUAUGAUCAGCUUUUUUAAUAUAAGUAUGUGUUUUGUUGCUGAGUAUGAACUUUAUGCGUUUCGUGUGAAUUUAAGUUUUUAUGACUAUGCUUUUGAAGAGUUAUCAAUACUUUAAUUUGAA